UCCAAUCCCAUUCUCUACUGUUCGAAGUACGGGGGGAAAUGGCGAUGAGCACCGGCAACGGAACCCUCACCGGAAACGGAACCGGAACCGGCAAAAGCACCGGCACCGCCCACAGCGAUCUUUUCUCUUCAUUGGUUUCAGACAUCAAGAAUUAUACAGGGAAAGACCCACUACUUCCAUGGCUCAGAGGAAUUGGAACAAUUAGAAGCACUCUACCCCCUCGUCUUGUCAAUGAGAAACUCCCUCGCUUUCUUCAGAAGUGUGCUCAGACCUUCGAAACUGAUCAGCGCUACGUCAAUGACUUGCGUUAUCUCCGCGUUUGGCUUCAAUUGAUGGAUUAUGUGGAUGAUCCAAGAGGGAUAUUAAGAACAAUGGAAGAAAAACAAAUUGGAACGAAGAAGUCGUUGUUUUAUCAAGCAUAUGCCCUUUACUAUGAAAAGAUGAAGAAGUUUGAAGAAGCUGACAGAUUCUAUCAUUUGGGAAUACAAAACCACUCGGAACCUGUUGGUGAUUUGCAAAAGUCAUAUGAACAAUUCCUUCACCGGAUGGAGAAAUACAUGAGAAAGAAAAACCAGGUCGGAAGAGUUGGGAAACGUGGUCAUACAUCUGGAACCAUUCCUCCUCGUGAUGUGGUCGAAACUAGACCAAAAAAUGUUGGAGUCAAGAGAGAAGAUGAUUCAGUUGUGGUCAAGUUCUUAGAUACUGCUAUAGUUGGAAAGUCUGAAUUAGAAGAUGCUUGUCAUCAUGGUUUAGUUGAACCAACAAUUAACACGAGAGAAGUUUUGAACACAAUCAAUAGUAUGUUCAAGGAGCCUCUGGAGCCCGUUUUUCAUAAAAAAAGACCUAAUAGAAACAAUUCAAGAACAAACAACGGAUUUGAGGUGUUUGUUGAUGAAGAUUUGGACCACCGCAAUGAAGAGCAUGGCAAGUGUGAACCUUUUUUCCAAGUUUAUGUUGAUGAAGAAUGUGAUGAGAUGGGAGAGAAGCAAAACAGGGAUAAUAUGGCUUUCGUUUUUCCAAGUCCUAAUGAUGAAAUGGAAGUUGAGAGGUCAUCUGGAGGAGGGAAAGUGAUAGAAGAUACACUUGUUCAUAAAUUUGUGGGCUCGACCAUUUCUGACGAGCCUCGUGUAGAAAAUGCAUGUCAUCACGGUCUUAUUGAGCCGACCAUCAACUUGAAGGAGGCUAUGGCUGAUAUCAAUAACAUGUUUGGAAAACCCAUUGAUUUUGUGAGGCAAAUGAGACUGAAGAAAAAGGGGAAAGAAGAAGCGGCCGUGCCUAAUAAUAGCCAAAAGAGUGAUGGGGGAUUUCUAAUUCUUGCUGAUGAUGAUGAUGAUGAGAUUGAGUUGAACCGUCCAAAAAGGCCUUCUAAUUCAAUAUCAUCUUCAAGAUCCAAAGAAAAUGACUUGUUUGAACCAACCGUGUUCACAAAGGAAGCUAUGGAUGACAUAAGCGACAUGUUCCGAAUGCCAUUAGACUUCUGAAUCACUAGAUUACACUUACUUCAGCUCCCAUGAUUGGUUUAGCAUCGGACAAGCCCCAAGAUCCAUAGUUCUUGCAGCUUUGGCAUUCAACCACACCCUCUACCACGAUUUGGGUCACCUUUGGGUCGGAUUUUUUGGGUGGCUCGUCGGCGGUUGCUAAAGGGAGGAGGACCAUUGAGGCGGUUAAAACGAUUAGAAGAAGAUGAAGGUUGCUUGCCAUUUUUUAUUUUUCUUAAAAGUUUCUGAUGGUUUGGUUGGUUAUGUUUGUGAUGGGAGAAGGAAGUAUUUAUUUAUAUAGUAGGCAGCUUGGUUUAUAGAGAGAAAAGAUGUGUUACUUGACUUUUAGUGACGUGGGGACUACUAAUAUUAUUCAUGGUUACCGUGUCCUAUUGAUGAUUAAAAAAUCAAUGGUUUUCUAACGUGAUGGCCGUAUUCAUGUUU